AUGGGUGAGACGACUAGUCUAGAGGUGCUCCGGCAGUUUUGCAAGGGCAUGCGGGAAGUCUUUGGUCCGGAGUUCCUACGAAAGCCAACCUCUGAUGAGUGCCAGAGACUGCUAGAUAUGCACGGUGCGGUGCACAGUUUCCCAGGGAUGAUGGGCAGCAUUGAUUGCAUGCAUUGGGAGUGGAAAAACUGCCCGGUGGCGUGGAAAGGCCAGUUCACUACUGGUUUCAAAAGCAAACAUCCUUCGAUGAUCCUGGAAGCCGUUGCUGACUACCGUUUGCGAAUCCGGCAUGCGUAUUUCGGUGUUGCAGGUUCGAACAACGACAUCAACGUUCUGCAGUCGUCGCCUAUCUUCAAUGAUGAGUGCCGGGGAGAGGGUCCAGAGAUCAGUUUCGUAGCAAACGGCACGCAGUAUCGCAGGGGAUACUAUUUGGCAGAUGGAAUAUACCCUCGUUGGCCCGUAUUCGUCAAGACACUUCGCCAACCGGCUGGAGCGAGGAGACAAUAUUUUGCGCGAAAACAAGAGGCCGCUAGGAAAGAUGUUGAGCGAGCUUUUGGUGUGCUCCAAGCGCGAUGGGCCAUUAUACGCUGCCCGGCACGAGUUUGGCACGAAGAUGAUGUCGCGAAUAUUAUGUUAGCAUGUAUCAUAUUGCACAAUAUGAUAAUAGAAGAUGAAGGAUUUGCUGCAGAACGUUGGGCACCGGAAGAUGGUGCAAGUACAAGUCACGGCGUUGCCUCCGCGCCGAUACAGAUGGGUGUACCACGUAGUAAUGAAUAUCUGAUCCAACGUUUCGCUGAUAUACGCAGGAGCACAGCACAUCUCCAACUCUAG